AUGGCCGACGACUCCUCCACGUCUGCGUCCCAGCAGCUAUCCGCCUCCACCUCCUCUCUCUCCCCCACCAAGAUCUGCUCCAAGACAUACAAGAAGGCCUCGCAGCUAUAUCUCACACGGCGACUGCAAGAAUCGCUUACCGCCCUGGAACCUGCCAUCACCGGCGUCCACGACCAGGAUGCCUCCGCCCCGCCCAUCGCCUUCGCCUCCCCCACGUGGCGGAUCAAAGUCUGGAACCUGUACAUCACCCUGCUGAGCUCCAUCGUCGACCUGGGCCCCGAAGAGGGCAAGAAGGACUUCGGUCAGAAAGAAUGGAAGGCCAUUUGCACCCAGGUGCGCGAGGGUGGCAUCUGGGAAACGGUCGUACAGGCUGGGUAUAAGGGGCUGGAGGGCUCGGUAGAUGCAGAGGUGGUCCAUAACUUAGCAAUGCUAUUGUUGAAGCACUCUCCCUCGCAAGUCCUCAACCAGCAACGUCUGGAGACCUACCUCUCAUCCUACGGCCAGCCGAAUCUAGACAUCGCCGAACACCUCAACUCCCCCACGCAACGAUCCGCCCGACCCAACGGAGGCACCGACACCCCCAAGGACCUGGCAUCGCGCGUCCGCAUCAUCGAACUCUUCACCCUGCACGUGCUCCCGCGCAACGAGGAGUGGGAGUACGCCAGCGAGUUCAUCAACCUCAGCGAGGUUCUCGACGAGGAGCGGAAGGAGCACUUUCUCCAGAUGCUUGACAGCAUCAAGGAGGAAAAACAACAGGGUGAGCUACGGGCCGCCGCACUCCAGCGCGAAAAGGACGCCGAGAUGGAGCGUCAGGCGCGCGAGGCGGAGCGCCAACGAGCCGAGGAGGCUGCGGCCGCAGAACGCGCCGCCGCCGCCGCCGCCGCGGCAUCCACCCAGCAGAGCAAACACGCCCGCACCAACAGCGAAGUAGACUAUGGGAUCGAAAAGUCCCGGCGCAACGGCACCGUCAAGGGACGGGGAAAGACCCGCACGGCGUUCUCGCCACCAGCUGGCUCGAAGAGCGUCAGGAAAGCCGACAAGCCCGAGGCGCGGGCACGACAGACGCGCGCGCUCGGCACCGUCCUGCGCAAUCUGUUCCAGUACUUCUCCAAGACGGUCGCGGGCAGUCCGAUGUCGUUUGCGCGCACGCUACUAUUCCUCCUCGGUCUACUGGUGGCGCUGAGCCGGCAGGACGUGCGCGAGCGCAUCCGGCGCAUCACCGGGGCCGGGUGGCAGAAGGUGAAGGGGACGAUUGGGAUGGGGGUGAAAGUGAGCUAUAUCUGA